UUUAAUUUAAUAUAUUUGGUUAAAAUACUAUUUUGGUCUCGUACUUUUGGACUUUUUCUAUUUUAUUUCUACAUUUUCAUGUCCAAAUUUAGUUUGCAUACUCUUGAUUGUUAAAUUUAAGUAAGGGAAAUGAAAGAGAGAAAAUUGAGUUGCAUAAAUGAAUACAAAUCUAACGACUAUUUACAGGGAAAGUAAAUCCAAUAACCAAACUCAAAUACUAACAAAUCUAAGCCUAAUAAACUUAAUUAGAAACAGAGCUAAUUGAAAGCAUAAUCAAAUAUACUGUCUGUAAAAUCUAAUAUUAUGUAACAUUUUUUUUUCAUAACAAUCACAUCAACCUCAACAUUCAAACAUUUGAAAAUGAACAUUUAUGGCAGUCUCAAACAUAUCCCCUGGUUCAGCAACGUAGCCGCUCGUUUUGGCUCCGAAUCACUUCAGUUUCAAGAGCCAUAUUCCAACCGGCCUCAAAUUGGAAUACCCAUAACUUUUAGAUUUCAAAUCAGUGAAAUAGAAUUCUUUUGAACAUGAACCAAUAAUAUGCAAAGCCUUUUUGGUAAGAAUUAGGCAGUAAGGAUUAAUUCGGACUAUUCGAUUUCGAUUAAAAUGUUUUAGAGUUUCUUCUAACCUUUGGGAUCCUUCUUCCAUUUACAGUUUUUUGGCUAGCUAGUUUCAGAUUGAUCGUAGAUCUAAAAACAACGUUGGGCGAGGUCUAGUUUUGGGUUGACUUAUACCCAUAUUAGACAAAGACCCAUAUUAGACAAAGAUAGGGUUCCAUCUCAGAGUCAUAACCAAUUCAUGUAUCUUCUAAAAAUUGUGAGGUUUCUCUAUCAAAAUAUGGAAUCCUCAACAUGCUUCCUCAAGAUCUUUGGGUUCACCAUUGUUUUUGGAUCCCAAUAUAAUGUUGGACCAUAUUUUCAUUUGAGUCUUAUGAGCUUUAAUACUAGCUUAAAUGAACAGAAGACUUAAUCUCAAAGCCAAUUGGUAGUUGAAGGAAUAAGUAUCUUUUAAAGAUUGUGAGUUCUCUCCAUCUUUCCAAUGUGGGAUCGUCAACAUCGAUAAAUAAUUAAAUUAGUUCCCACUAUUAGUUUAUCGUUAACUUUUCCAAAAUAAAUUUAGUCUUUAUUAACCUUCUCUCAGUAAAUUUUGGAACAUAUUCAUAUUAUGACUUUUCCUGAAUGGAAAUUAUGUUUAUUAUUUUAUUUCUACCUAGUGCGAUAAGAAUUAACUUUAAGCCAUCAAUACAAAUUAAAUUGAAGAUUUAUUGAAAGAGGACUAAAAUGAGAUUUUAACCUUGUAUAUAUAUUACACAUAUACUUUUAUCUUUCAUUGGUUACAAAAACUCUGUAGAAUCAGUAUUUCACAUCCAAAUAUAAUCUUCAAGAGAUCAAAAUCUUAUUAUAUCAAUCUCUUCAUCUAAGCGCUUAGAAUAAAUCUGAAAGUUCAAGGACUAAUAUAGGAUUUUAAUCAUCAUUUGUAUGGAUAAGAUCAUGUAUAAUUUCCCAUUGUAGCUUAUCCCUUGCAGAAGUGAUUUAAACUGAUUCACAAUAAUGCUAAGGUGUGAUCCACAGUGUCUUCUUCUGAAGUUUUUUGUUUUUCCCACAUAGAAAUUAGAAUAGCCAUUAGGAUGUGAAUGAUCAACAGGUGACAGACUUGUGAAUAAUGGAAAAGACAAAAAAUCAGCUCAAUUAGGAUAUAGUCCAUAUGGCACUGCCUCGUCAGGCAAGUUUGUUCCUGUUUCAAGAAGAGUAUAUAAAGUGAUGAAGGACUAUAAAAGAAAACUUAUUGAUUUUGAAAUCUUUAAUCAGAGUCUUGAGAAUUGGGUUGUGGAGAAUACUUCAUCCCAUUCAGCAGAUGAGGAACCAAAUUUUCCAUCACCAUUUCCAAUCGAUGAAAUUCACGAGCUCGACUUGGCACUUGAAGGAGUUUUGUUUCAGCAACUGUUCCGCAUGCCAUGUUCACCUUUCUCCGAUGAUGUAAUUGAAGAUGAGUUCCUUGCACUUGAAGACUUCUUUCAUGCUAUCAUCAACGGUUUAUGGCGCACAUUUUGGCAUAAGAGCAGACCAUUGCCUUUCUUUGUAUCCUGCCCCCGUCACUUGGGAUCGAAAUUCUGUACUGUGGAAAAGGCGAUAUCAAGGGGAAAGGUGGGAGAACUACAAGGCUUGGGCUUGAUUUCUAGAGCUGGAGGUGAGCUGCAAGCACGAUGGGAUCAAGUGGUGCAGUUUGCUUUAUUCAAGCCUAGUGUACUAUCAGAAGACGGAUUAAAGUUAUCGGCUCGUGUUGUUUGUGAAGCUCUCUUUUAUGGUUUACAUUUACUUAUUUCAAGGAGUUUAAGCAAAAUCAGUACUAUAAAAAACUACGAUUCUGUUUUUGUUUUGAUAUUGGAUUCAAAAUAUGGUGGUGUAGUAAAACUCGGUGGAGAUCUUAGCAGACUUGAUAUUAACUCAGCUGACCCCUACCAAUCUGCAGUUGAAUGGAUGAGAAAUUAUGCUGAAGUAUGUGUUUCACCAGUCGACCGUAUAUGGAACAAGCUUGGAAAUGCAAACUGGGGAGAUUUGGGAACUUUACAAAUCCUAUUGGCAACUUUCUACUCGAUAAUCCAGUGGCAUGGUCUGCCAAGACAUUCAAUUACAUCUUUGGCUUCAGACCAUGGUUUGCGUUUACAGAAGCGUUGGAUGGAGUGUCGAGUUUUGGAAAAUGAAAAUACAGUAGUUCCUUUUGAACAGUUUAAUGAUCAUCCUGGAGAGAUUGUUGAACUCGAGAAUAUGGAUAACCAUUUAUACAAGAACCAAACAUCACGCUUGAAGCUUCGUCCUGGGAAAAUACUCGUAGUUGAUGAUCAAAGACAAGGACAAAAAAGCUUUCAGGUGCAGGGAUCCUUGGUGGGUGUUAAUAACCGUUCUCUAUACACUGCUGUUUCGGUAGAUUAUCCUGCAGAGUUGUUGACACUUUAUGUUGGUGCUCACGUGUCAAAUCUCGAGCCGUCUUGGGAGGAUAUGAGUCUUUGGUAUGAAGUACAGAGACAAACAAAAGUACUGAACAUCUUAAAGUCACAAGGCAUAUCAAGCAGAUACUUACCUGAAAUAAUUGCCUCUGGCCGAAUCCUACAUAAUGGUCUCUGUAAGAAGGAGACCCCGGGGGGACGAUGUGAUCAUCCCUGGUGUGGGACGCCAGUGCUUUUGACAUCACCAGUUGGAGAGCAGCUUUCAUGGAUAGUUGCUCGGGAUGGCCCAUUCUCUUCUGAAGAGGCGAUCCGUUGUUGCAGGGACUGUCUAGCUGCUCUAAGAAGUGCAUCUCUAGCUAGUGUCCAACAUGGUGAUAUCUGCCCUGAGAAUAUAAUACGCGUUGUAGAUGUGCAAGAAUCAAGAAAUAGUUACUCAUACAUUCCAAUAUCUUGGGGACGUGCUGUUUUGGAAGACCGGGAUAGCCCGGCUGUGAAUUUACAAUUUUCAUCCUCUCAUGCUCUCCAGCAUGGGAAACUUUGUCCAUCUUCAGAUGCUGAGAGCCUCAUUUAUCUCCUCUAUUUUAUUUGCGGCGGAUCAAUGGAGCAGCAAGACUCCAUUGAAUCUGCAUUGCAAUGGAGGGAAACCAGUUGGGCAAAGCGGAUAAUUCAGCAGGAGCUGGGCGAAGUUUCGGCCCUGUUGAAGGCAUUUGCUGAUUAUGUGGAUAGCCUUUGUGGAACACCAUACACGGUUAACUACGAUAUAUGGUUGAAGAGAUUGAGCAGGGCGGUUGAUGGCUCGUCGGAUAGAGGCAAGACAGUUGAGGAAGUUGCCAUAACAUUGAAGUCGGAAGAUGUGGCUGAGUCUUCAGGAACAUCAGGAGUUGGUGCUUAAGUUGCAUUCUUUUGGAUGAGGCUGAUGAAUUCAGGUUAACUAUUACAUUCCAUUGCUAAGGUUUGAGUGGGGAUUCAUUUUUUUUUUUUUUUUUUCAAAAAAUGAGAGUUGAAUUGUAUGAAUUUUACCAUUUUUCUCCUCCUGAGGAAUAUGAUUUUGUGAAGUAGGCUGCCAUUGCAAUGUUUGUUACCACUGUAAAUGUAUAAUGUAUGCUCAAAAUUUAUGAAAUCAUGUUUAUGCUUUUUUCAUUA